AUCCAGGUGUCAGAGUAGCUUACGGUGCGCAGCAGUAGUCAGGGAGCUGACCUUCAGUCCAGGAGACUCCGAGGUAGCCUUGCUGGCGUUUGUAGGCCUGGCGUCUCUUCUAUCAGCUUUUCAUGUUCUGUUGUCAUUUGUAGCUCCCCAGAUUCAGGUUCCAGCGGUUCAUCCAGCGGUGGCAGUUCAGCCGGGUGUAGUGGCUCAGACCAACGAGGGAGCGAUCCAGGUGUCGGAGCAGCUUAUGGUAUGCAAUAGUAGUCAGGGAGCCGACCUUCAGUCCACGAGACUCCGAGGUAGCCUUGCCGGCGUUCGCAGGCCCGGCGUCUCUUCUAUUAGCUUUUCAUGUCCUGUUGUUAUUUAUGACAUACUGCUUACUGGAGAUGACUUGGAGGAAAUUCAGCAUAUCAAGGGUUUUCUAAACAGUGAACUCAAAGUCAAAAAUCUAGGAGACAUACAUUAUUUUGUAAGGACGGAAAUUUUGCGAGAAAGGGAAUAUUUUAUUGUAAGCCAAAGAAGAUUUACCUUAGAUAUGCUACAUGAAUUUGAUGUAUCGCAUCUGUCUCGAGUCAAUUCUCCACUUGAUCCUUCCUCCAAGCUUAAAGGUCAUGAUGGACACCCUUUGCAAAAUCCAACAAUAUUUCGUCAUCUGGUUGGCAAGUUGAACUAUCUCACUAAUACUUGCCCGGACCUUUCUUUUGCAGUCCUUACACUCAGUCAAUACAUUCAAAGACCCUAUAAGUCUCAUUUCUCUGCUGCCUUACGAGUGCUCAAAUAUUUGGGUUAUGAUCCAGGACAAGGAAAUCUUCUCUCAGCAGAACACCCAUUCUCCUUGCUUGCAUUUUGCGAUACUGAUUGGGCCUCUUGCAAGGAUUCUAGGAGGUUCGUAAGUGGAUUCUUCAUCACACUAGGAGGAGCACCUAUUUCCAGGAAAUCAAAGAAAUAA